AUGGUUCCCAAGAAAAGCACCGCUGAAAUUGGCGGAAAAGAUAUAUGGACAAAUAUUUGGAACAGUGCUAGCUCGCUGUUGGAUUUCUUCGCAGUAUUGGAAAACCUAGGUGUGGUCGAUGAUAAGUUGUAUUUAAGUGGGAUACUAAGAAAAGUUUGGCUGUGUUACUCCUGGGUUUCGGUGGUUAGGUGUAUAUGGAAACUAAUCAAGUUGUGUAAGGUGAAAUUUAAGAUCGAUGAACGACUAAAUGGCCAGGGAAAUGGUCUAAUAAAGGAGAAGUUGGUAAAUUUCAGGAAAAUGUAUAAUGACCAAAUUAGACAAAUCAUAGCCAAUUUGCUCCAAGAUUUGAGCUAUUUGAUGGUUCUGAUUUAUCCAGGGACGAGGCUAUUUAGAAGACUAUCUAACAUAAUGACACUUUGUAGAAUAAUUAUAUAA